AUGACGCUCAAGUGGUACCUUGGUAUUUCAUCGUUCUGCUUAUCAAUUGUCGUGAUUUUUCUGAACAUUAUAAUUUUUGUUCCGGUGUUUCGACUGGCGUUCAUUUUGAGAAAGAGCACAGCUUAUAUAAUCGCGUUUUUCAAUAUAAUAACGGAUCUAAUGCAAGCCGGUGUGCUAGGUUUCUAUCUAUCAACGUCAAUGAUGACGGAUGUAAUUUCAAUCUUCGGAAGAAACAUUGAACUUUCAGCAAUACCUUCUCGCCGGAUCACGACACAGCUUCAUAAACGUAUUUUUAGGUGGUUCACCGUUAUCACUCUCAACGAGCAUUACAUUUUCACUUCCAACACCACUCUGAUCAUUUUCUUCUUUCUCACUACAACAACAGUUUUUUCGGUCGUUUGCACUCAAUACUUGUUCCCAUGUUGCAAAAUUCCCAAAUUAAUACCCAAAGUAGUUAUCACAAUGUUAUUCAUAAAUAUUAAGGGAUUGUAUUCAUACUCCAAUUUAAUGCUUGUCUCCUACGAUAUUGUUUGUACCACUUCUAGCAUUUGUUAUAUCGCCGUGUUUUCUAUUCGAAAUUCUCAGAAAAAUGUGGCGAGUAAUAUUAAUCGAUCUAAUCAGGACGGCAAAUAUCUACUUCAGUUUGUCCUCAUUUCCAUUUUCUAUGUAUUAGCAUGGGUUCUGUUCGAAAUUCUCCCAUUCAUCGUUCCAGCCGAUCAACCCCAGUGGUAUGCUGUGAUUCCGUUUUUUACACUCAACUGCUCUUCCAAUGCAAUCAUUUAUCUGUCACUCAAUCGAGAAACUCAAAAAUCUGUACGAACUUCUUGGCUCAUGUCGAAAAUAUCCCCACCAAAGGCAUCAAGUCUAAUUCAUUCUAUUCCUGCUACCACU